AUGGCUGCAGCAGAAGGAUCAGUCCGACCAGGGAGGAACAUCUCGGGAGAUAAGCUCCCAAUCUACCCCACUCCCGAAUCUAAUCCUACCAUCACACUGAUCGAAAAGCCAAACCCACUCGUACCGUACAUCGCUCAAAGUCGAGAAGCAGUCACGGGCGUCUUGACUGAUGUCAGAGGUUAUUUACAAUCUGGAGUGGGCAGUUGGAUAGGAUUCGAGAGGAGGGUAGAGAAAGAAGUCAAAUCGAUCCUUCCAGCCGACGAAUCGCUCAACCCAGGAUUAAUCUACGUCCUCAUCUCCGGUUUAUCAGGAAGUGUCCUCACUCGAACUCGAUCAUUACCUAUCCGUUUCCUCGCCCCUCCAGUAUUCACAUUGGCAGCCGCACCCUAUUUCCUUCCUAAGACAUCUCACAACAUCCGAAAAUACCUAUCUGAUCUAGAAGACAAGAACUUUCCAGAGUUUGCAGCUCGACAUGAUAAAUUUGUUAAUACCGGUAUUGCCCACACGCAAAUGACAUUGAACAGGUUCAAGGACGCUACUGAAGAUUUGAAAGAAUGGUCAGAGAAAUCUUUGAAUACGUUGGAAAAUAAGUCGGGUUUACAAAUAUCGAAUGUCAUUUCACAUAACCAGGUUCAAAAAUCAUUAGAACAGCUCAAAGAGAGGAAAACAAGUUAUGAGACGGUUGGGUACGUGGUUGAACAGAAACCUGUUGCCGAGGUUGUAGUUCCCGUUGAGAAAGAGGGAGAGAAGAAGUUGGUAUAA